AUGGCCAUUUUGGCUCAAGAGCCACCGGUGUCAAGCGACAUGUACGAGUUCGAGAUCCUCCUGCUUGUCGUGUACUUGCUUGGCUUGAGCUCUGGUGUGCUCCUCAGUUGGGCUCUUCAUGGAGGGUCAGUGGCUCCUCCAGAUGGCAUUGCCGAUGCCAUCGGGACGAUGCGGCUGCCCAGGGAUCAAAAAUACUGGAGCCAGGAGGUGCAGAUCCCAGCCCAGAACUUCAUUGCUCGUGGCGGAGGUGGAAAGAAGAUGAACAGGACCGAUGCAGAGGAAUGGAAUAUUCUGGCGGAGGAGGACUACGAGAUGGCCAAACAGCUGUGCGAAGGAGAAAUUGACCAUGGGCAUUUUGCUCCAGCCUGCCGUGCAAUGUCGAUGGCAAGGAGAAGUGGUCAGUUUGGGACGGUGAGAGCGCUUAGAGAUGCAAAUAGACCAGAGGGCUAUGGUCACAAGGAUGCAGAGGAGUCAAAUGAGAUGGUGGAGAGAAUGGUGCUUCUGUGCAUGAUGUUGAGCAGGUGUCGAAUCCGUGCCGAAGCACCAAAGAAGCACGCUGAGGCAACUGCGUGCAAGGCAGGUGGGAAGAGGAUUGAGGUGAUCCUCCAACUGGAACUGCGAACGCCCCACAUUGGCUGUGGUGGAUUAGAUGACCCACGCAACGCAGACUGCGCUGAUGCGGUGCAAUGGGCCUAUGAGAAAGGCAUCAAGACGCAUCCAGGUUGGUACUUCAUUCCAUUAGGCAAGAUCAGCCAAAUUGGCCCCGCAGAUGCCAAACUCAAUGAUUUACAGUGCGGCCUGCCUCCCUGCGGAUGCAGCCGACCACCCUGUCACAUGUGUGAGGCACCAGAGGUGGCACCAAAGCUCUCGAAGGCCACUGACGAAUGCCAGCCAGCGGAUGGCGCCCGUGAUCCCAAGCGCGAGUUCGACAUCGUGCAGCUUCCGGACCAGAACAUGACCCAUUCGUGCUCCAAUUAUGUGGAUGAUGGACAGACGGUCUUCACAAGCAAUGGCCGGUUGGUCCUGAAAGUGGCUUCUGCAUGUCCAGAUGGCAGCUGUUUGAACUCAGGUAGAGUGAUGAGCAGGGAUGCCUUCACCUAUGGUGUCUUCACCUUCUCGGCCAAGGUGCCCAAGUGCAACGCUGUUUGGCCCGCUCUGUGGUUUCUGCCGCAGAGCUCCAAGGGCGAUGGGAAAUAUGGACCAUGGCCCUGCAGCGGCGAGAUCGAUUUGCUGGAGACCGUGAACGAUGACUCCCAUGGAGCCUUCAAUCUCGUGGCUGGCUUCGGCGCGGCUGCGGGGCGGUGCUAUGACCCCGCGGCGGUGAGCUGCAACGCUUGUGCUCCACCAAGCUAUUGCACUUCGACGACCUUGGCAGACGCUGAAGCCUCCCACGUGCUGGUGGAAGAUGUGGACUGCGCUGCUGGCCAGAAUUCUUGGAAGGAGCAUUUGUUCGUGCUGGUUUGGCAGCCGCAUGAGAUCUCUGCCUUCCUGGAUCCCAAGUUGUCCUUCAACUCGCAAGGUCAACUGGUCGCUAUCCAGGAGAAGAUCCGGCCAGGUGCCCCAACCUUCAAGACCUACCAGCGGGACACGACGCCAACGUGGAGUGCUGUGCAGGACUACAUGCAGAAGUGCUUUCCUGGCCCCCAUUCUCCCGAUGCACCCUUCGACAUUCCAAUGAAGAUUGUGCUGAAUAUUGCUGUUGGUGGAUACGGUGGAGCACCUUGCUACUGGGGAGAGAAGACCUGUGCGAGUAGCUGUGGUGGAGCGGUAGGUUCUGAGCUGAUCCUCUCGGACAUUAGCGUUUGGCAGUGA